AUGUUUUUAAUUAGUAUUGCUCUUUUUCUAACAUUGUUAUUGAUCAGCGAUGUAUCUCCAACAUCAGUAGUAAUUAGUAAUGUGUUACCUCGUGUGGAUAUAAAUGGUAAACCAAUGGAUAUUCACGAUGGAAAUAUUAUUCAGUAUGAUAAAGAUGGUCUCUAUUAUUAUUAUGGUAUUGGUUAUGGAGACUGUCAUCCACCUUUGGAUUUUGGUUGUGCUGGUCUUUAUUUAAUGAGUGAUUGUGGUUUUCGUACGAAUCAUACUGUUAAUUUGUAUACUUCAUCUGAUUUAUAUCGAUGGACAUUUGUGCGGGAUAUUUUUCCCACAAGUGGAGGUCGACCAAGAGGAAUUUAUUAUCGACCAAAAGUGAUCUACAAUCGAUAUACACAACUAUACGUACUCUGGAUUAAUCGUGUUGUACGUAAUGGUCCUUUUCAAUCACCAAAUUUUCUUAAUGCAAGUUAUGUAGUAGCUACAUCGAAAACUCCUGAUGGUGUUUUCACUGUUGUUCAAGAAAAAGUCCAAACACUUCAAUACGAUAAUCCAGGCGAUUUUGCUGUUUUUGUUGAUGAUAGUAAUGAUACUGGAAGAUCAAUUGGUUAUCUUGUUUAUAAUUCUUUCAAUAAUCUUCAUCGUAUUCAAAUUGAACAAAUGACACCAAAUUUCACCAGUACAUUAGGUAAAUCAUCCACAACUGGACCAUUAACACCAAGUAAUAAUGAAGCACCGAUUAUGUUCAAACGUCACGAAUAUUAUUAUCUAUUAUUUGGACAAUGUUGUUGUUUCUGUACAUCAGGUAGUAAUUCUCGUGUUUAUGUUAGUAAACAUCCGAUGGGUAUCUGGAAUGAUACACAAUAUGAUAUUGAUCCAGUGAGAGAUAUAAUUAUCGAUGGAAUUGUACGUCAUCGAUCAAUUUCGGGUGGACAAGAAAGUUUUGUUAUUGAAGCAUUGCAAAAGAAUGACACAUCAGUAUUUAUCUUUGUUAGUGAUCGUUGGGGUACAGGUAAAAAGAAAGCUAACGACAUGCAAUAUUGGCAACCAUUAGAAUUUGAUGAUACUCAAAUACCACCACGUAUUCAACAACUUAUAUGGACAGAUCAAUUUAUCCUCAAUUUAUAA